AUGUCGCGGAAAGGCGUCGGCAUCGGCUCCUUUGACAGGUCGAGGCUGACGUCGGCCCAUUACGCAUCGCAUGGCUCCUCUCUCCGCGCGAACAACGCGCAAGCCCUCGAGGCACAGCUGGCCGUGUUCCGCUCUCUCCUCCAGCAGUUUGCGCAGACACACGCCAAGGACAUACGCUCCGAUCCGUCGUUCCGCGCCCAGUUCGCGCGCAUGUGCACCGCCAUUGUAGUCGAUCCCCUCUCCAGCAGCGGCGGCGGCGGCGGCGGCGGCGGCCAAGGAGGCUCGAUCUGGGCGCAGCUGCUCGGCAAGACGGUCAACGACUUCUACUUUGGGCUGGCCGUGCGCAUCGUCGAGAUUUGCAGCGCUACAAGGGGCGAGAACGGCGGGCUCAUUGGCCUGCGCGAGGUGCGGGAGCGGCUGUCCCGCGGACGCGGAGUCCGCGUCGACAGCUCCGGCAGCGGCAGCGGUAGCGGCAGCGGCAGCGGUAGCGGCAGCGGCAGCGACAGCGACAUCUCGGAGGACGACGUCCGCCGGGCCGUGGAGACGCUGCGGCCGCUGGGCGGGAGCUACGGCAUCGUUCAUGUCGGCCGCAAGGAGUACAUCCGGAGCGUUCCCAGGGAGCUGAGCAAGGACCAGGUCGCUGCGGUUGAGGCUGCCCAGGUCCUGGGCUACGUGAGUGUCAGCAUGCUCCGCGAUAACUUGGGCUGGGAACGAGCACGGUGUCGGACCGUCAUUGACGACUUGGUGGCUCAGGGCAUGCUGUGGGUGGACAAGCAAACUGGCGGGGAGUGCGAGUAUUGGAGUCCGACGUUCAUGCUUGAUAUGGACGAAGGGCGUUCCCCCGUGGCCGAUUGA